AUGACAGCUAUCAAUAAAAUGAUGGAUGACAUUAAAUAUAAGGCUCAGAUUCUUGCGAGAACAAAUAAAGUCAUGUCGGCAAUUUCUGACAAUGCUCUUGUCGGGAUCUCUGUCGGAAUUCUUGUUGGUCUUGCCUUUGUCCUCGUUCCGCUGAUUAUUAUCUUUAUUCAGAGUGGAGUGAUCGGUGCUGCACUUGCAGGUUCCUGUAAGACUGAGAAUCUUGGUAUCGAAAAGAUUGUUGCUAACAUCAUUUCCAAUCCGAAUAUCCGUUUUGUUCUUCUUUGCGGUACUGAAGUUAAGGGUCACCUUUCCGGUCAGUCAAUUGAAGCAAUGCACUCGAACGGUGUUGAAGGAGGAAAAAUCGUCGGGUCAAAGGGAGCUAUUCCGUUCCUUGAAAACCUGACGGCAGAACACAUCAAACGUUUCCAGGAACAGGUUGAAAUCGUCAAUAUCAUGGAAUCCGAAGACCUUGGUGUCAUCGGUGCAAAGAUUAACGAGCUCAAAUCCCGCGACCCCGGAGCAUUUGGUGCAGAUCCCAUUGUCGUUCAGAUUUCUGAAGGAGAAGAGGGAGGAAAUGAUGCAGGAACCGUUGCUACAUCCAAUCCGCAGAUUCUUGAAAUUGAAAAGCGUUUAGACGCAAUUGAAAAGAAGAUUGAGUUUACUGACGCUGAAGUUGCAAUGCGUGUUGGAAGAAAAAUUGGACGGGAUAUCGGUAUUCUCUACGGUCUUGUCGUAGGAAAUUAUCACUUUCCUGGUGCCACUAUGUUCAAGUUUGAAAAAGAACAACAGGUCUUUGACUUUAAUGGAACGAAGAUUGGCGGUCAGCCCGGUGAAUACCCGCGCGUAAUGUCCCCGUCAAUUUUCUAUAACAAACACGAGAUUGUCUUAAAUGACAAGACUGGUGAGAUUGACAAGGCAAAAGCAGAAGCGCUCUGGAACCGUUGCCAGGAGCUUACUGAUAUUACCGGUAAUCACUUCUUCCUGCAGAUUUUGGCAGAACACGGAGAAGCAUUUGAAUCUUACUUUAACUGGUUUGAUUCAGUUGAUAACAAGACUGCAUUCCUUAUGGAUUCAUCUGCACCGGAAGCACUUGUUCAUGCAACGAAAUAUGUAACUGAGGUUGGUCUUGCAGAUCGAGCUAUCUAUAACUCUAUCAAUGGGUCCAUCCUUCCGGAAAACAUCCAGGCACUGAAAGAGUCAGAUGUUAACGCUGCAAUCGUUCUUGCCUUCAAUCCAGGUGAUCCAACCGUUGCCGGUCGUGAAAAAGCAUUAGUAGAAGGUGGUGUCGCAGGUCAGGCAAAAGGUAUGUUGCAGAUUGCAGAAGAAUGCGGAAUUACCCGCCCGAUUCUUGAUUCUGCCGCAACCCCGCUGGGACUUGGUGCAUUCGGUUCAAUGCGUGAAAUUCUUGCAUAUGGAUACAAGAACAAGCCGCUCUUACUUGAGCAGAUGUCUCAUCACCACUUCGGAGGUAUAGAAGGUAUCCGUCAGGCUGCAUGGUCUUCUCCGGAUAUUGGAUGUAACAUCAUGGCAAUGACACUCGGUGCGGAUCUUAUUAUGUACGGUCCAAUUGAGAACAUGGAAGGUGCCGCAACUGCAUCCGCAUUCUGUGAUAUUGUUUUGGCAGAAGCACUUAAGGACUUCGGUGGAACCCCUGGUGUUACCGAUGGUCCCGAUUGA